AUGCCCAUGGGGACUUGUAUACUCCAAGAGAUCCAGGUGGGCCAGAACCUGGUGUUAGAACUCAUGGAUAUUCCCCACAGAGGCUUCAGCUCCUGGAAAAGGUUUCUUCUCACAGCCUCUCUCUUUGCCUCGUGGAGCUUUCAAGGGGCCGCGCAGCUCUCCAUCGUCUCCCAGCCGUCCAUUGCUGUUGUGAGUGAGACCGUCCUUCUCUCCCUCCAUGGGCUCCAGGAGGGAAGGUAUUCGACCCUGACCUGGUAUCGAGGGCUGGAUUUUAUACACGCCAUCAUGUCCUACAAUGCCGACACGGGGGUCCACAACGAGGGCUCCGCGUUUACGGGCCGGGAGAGCCUGCCAGCCAACGGCUCCCUCAUCAUCAAUGAAGUAUACUUGAACGACUCUGGGCACUACAGCAUCCUCGUGAAGAGCAGGGAGGGCCCGCUGAUGUCCGCAAACGGAAGUUUCCAAGUGUUUGUGAAGCCAUCGAAGCCCGACAUCCUCAGGGAGGGUGGAGACGUCAUUGAAUUCCAGACCUCGGUGAAGUUCUCGUGUGUCUCCCAGGAUGUGGGUGUCAACAUCCAGUGGUUCCUGAACAACACAGAGCUGCCACCCAGUCCGCUACUGUCUCUGUCUCCGGAUAAUAAGACCCUCACCUUUCACAAUGUCACCAGGAGGGACAGAGGCUAUUACCAGUGUGAAGCCUGGAAUCUGGUGGGCGCCCAGAGCAGUGAGAGCAUCUUCCUGUUGGUCUACUAUGGGCCAGACCAAGUCAUGAUUACGUCGCAGGAUGGAACUGUUUGGGGCAACAUCAUUGCAGUUAAAACCAACUCCAACGUCACAUUGCAGUGUCUGACUGAGUCAAAUCCUGACCCCAGCUAUACCUGGCUUUUCAAUGAAUCUUCCUGGUUGGGUUCUGAGACCAAUUAUUUCAUCUCCAGUGCCUCUAGGACUGAUGAAGGAAAUUACACGUGUUCAGUGAAAAACAGAGUGACUUUAAGGUCCAGUUCAGCAUCUGUCACUGUCAAGGUGGUUGAGGAGGUGACCAAGCCACAGCUUUUGGUCAGUAACAAAUCUGUUGUGGAGGACGAGGGUGCGGUAAACUUUACCUGUGUAACUCCAGAUACUGAGAUCGAGGUCCAGUGGUUUUUGGACAAGCAGAAGCUCUGGCCGAGUGACCAGCUGGUGCUGUCUCAGGGGAACCGAACACUGACCAUAGCCCAGGCUCGGAGGGAGGAUGCUGGGGAAUAUCAAUGCACCACUCGGAAUUUGAUCAGCUCCUCCAACAGUGACCCAAUAACUUUGACUGUGUACUAUGGACCUGACUCUGUCAAUAUCACAGUUGGGUCAAACAUAGUCAACAGCAUCGAGGUCAAGCUUGACUUAAUGGUGAUGUUAUAUUGUGAGGCACAUUCUUGGCCGUCAGCCCAGUAUCACUGGUCCUUCAAUGGCUCCAACUCAAUUGAGAAGGAUGGUUUCGUGUUCACUCUAUGGCCCAUAACCUGGGGCCACCAGGGAACUUACACAUGCAAGGCAUGGAACGACUGGACUCAACUGUCCCGCUCAGCCACAGUCACCAUCAAGGUGGUUGAUUCCUCACUGUCUGCUGGGGAAAUUGCUGGUAUUGUGAUUGGAGUUCUGGCUUUUGUUGCCUUUAUCACAGGACUGAUAUAUUUCCUGGUCAUCAGGAAAAGAAAAGCAGACCCCCCCUCAAGCACAGCAGACUCUCCUCCAAGGAAAGUAGACCCUCCUCCAGAGCCCAGUCAGGAUCGCCAGAGACCCGUCACGCCUAGACCAAAAGCUCCAUUGGUUCCUCCCUCAUUUCCAAAGGGCCCACAGGAUAACCCCAUCUAUCAGAGAGAACUGCCUGGCAGAGAUAAUCACUUUCCACUUCCCAGGAUCCCUGGGCCAGAAGAAGAGUCACUCUAUGAGAAAUUGUCGGAGCCCUAUGCCGAUGUGUAUGUCAAAAUCAAGCCCGCCGCGUAGUCCUUUUCUUGGACUUGGAUCCAGAAGAUCCGCUCUGGAGCCCCAACUCCACCAUUCCCUGCUGUGUGAUCCUGGGCAGCCUGUCUCCCCUCUCUGGAUCUCUCCUUCUUCUGCAGUGAACAAGGACAGUAUUACGUUAGCUUGUAGGGGUUCCAUGAGCACAUGAAAGGAAGACUUUCCAUGGAGCACUUGGUCGCUCUAAAGCCCCAAAUAAAGGUCUAGUACUAUUA